GGGGGGCUGGAGGCUCCCCGCCAGCGGUGCGCCGGGCAGAUGUUCGGUAGACGCCCGCACUGCCGCGGCUGGUGGCCCCGAUCUCGCCUCCUCCCGGGCAAACGUGGCCGAGGAAACAGUCGACUUUCCGCGGGUCGGCGACUUGGCGCGGCGGGAGCCCCGCGUCGCUUUUGCCCCAGCCCGCCUCGACCCGCCUCCGGAUUUGGCUUUUGCAGGUCGACAGGCGGGCGGUCAGCCGCUUGGUCCGUCGGUCCCGGCGCGGAGCGAGCCGCCCCGCCGAGCAGGAGCCCGCCGGGACGAUCCGAUGGAGGAAGCCGCGGAGGGCGGCGGGGAGCAGGGGGCUGUCCAGAAGAGGAAGGCCUGGGCCAAAAGCCGAGACUCCUGGCAAGCGUCGGAGGCCGAGCGGCUCUCGCCAGAAGCGCCGAAGCUGAAUCCGGAGCGGGAAGGAGGCAACAUUCCAAAUGAAAAGAUUGCAAUAUGGCUUAAAGACUGCAGAACGCCACUGGGAGCCUCUCUGGACGAGCAGAGCAGCCUUACUUUAAAGGGCAUGCUGGUGAGAAAUGGAGGAAGUUUUGAAGAUGACUUAUCCCUGGGAGCUGAAGCUAAUCAGCUGCACCAAGGUGGUGAACAAAUGGAAAUCUGUAACGGCAUGUUGGCGAAGGACAAGAGGCUUCAGUUUCACCAGAAGGGCCGAAGCAUGAAUUCUACUGGCUCUGGGAAAAGCAGUGCAACCGUUUCAAGUGUGUCUGAACUACUGGAACUGUAUGAGGAGGAUCCCGAAGAGGUUCUCUACAAUCUAGGGUUUGGCCGUGAUGAACCAGAUAUUGCUUCUAAAAUCCCGUCAAGGUUUUUCAGUGCAGCAUCGUUUGCCAGAGGAAUAGAUAUCAAAGUGUUCCUGAAUGCCCAGUUGCAACGCAUGGAAGUAGAAAAUCCAAAUUUUGCUUUGACAAGCCGCUUUCGUCAGAUUGAAGUGCUCACUACUGUGGCCAAUGCGUUCUCUUCCUUAUAUUCGCAAGUGUCUGGCACCCCAUUGCAGAAAAUCGGGAGCAUGAACUCAACAGCUUCCAUCAAAGAGGCAGCCAGCCCGCCGCCUCUAAACCGGAGCAACACCGCGAGCCGCCUGAUGAAGACCCUGUCUAAGCUCAACCUCUGUGGUAACCAGCAGGCAGGGGAAGCGGGCGGCUGUUCGACGCCUUCGCCGGUUGAAAAGGAGAAAUCUGAGAACGGACAGCUCGAGGAUGCCGAUGCUAAAAACGAACCCAAAACACCAAAGCACUUCAAAGCAUCUUCGCUGGCUACGGUCAAAGAGGAAGCACCCAGCAAUCAGCCGAGCACUGUGGAUGUUCUUCCGGCUUCUGAACUUCCUUCUGGAGCUAAUGUUGCACAAGGAAAGCAGGAGGACCACACGUCUUGUGAAGGGGAGCAAAAUACGGACUCCCUUGGUCAUUCAGAUGGCCCCAGUGAGCGAGCUGCUGUCACGGACUCAUCCGGUCUUGCAAGUGAAGUACCGGGCUCAGCCACUUGCGGCCUUGAGGGUGACUCUGAGCUCCCUGCAUCACCACCGGAUAAGGAAGCCUGUGCUCCAGUGGUAAACCCUUCCAUCGUCAGUCUCAUGCUGCAGCAGAAGGAUUCCUUUGAGAUGGAAGAGAUCCAAAGCACCGAGGGAGAGAUCCCUCAUAUGCCUAGUAUGUGCCAGCUGGCUUUAGCGAAAACAAAAAAAGAUCAGCUAUUACGAUCUGCAAGUCAGCAUUCCGACAGCAGCGGCUUUGCCGAAGAUUCUUCCACCGACUGCUUCUUGCUCAACCAGCUGCAGGCACACGAGUCAUUGCAGGCCAUGGGGAGCAGCGCUGACAGUUGUGACAGCGAAACAACAGUUACAUCUUACAGUGAAGAACUCAAAACACCGAUAGGUGAACAGCCAUCCUAUUUCAGUGAGCUUGAUGAGGAGAAAUUCCUCCUUUCGGAAGUAGAACGGCAGAUGGGGGAGAUAGCUUCUGAGGCGAAUGUGGGAGAAGGUGAGAACAUUCCAGAAUGCAAAGCUGGUCAGACUGAAACUGGAGAAGACACAGAGUUUGGCCAGGGACGUUUCCUGUGGAAAAAUGAAGACGUUCCUGCAGAGCAGGUUGCGUUUGAAGUAUUGGAAGAAGACAGCGAAGAAAGUGAUUUAGAUAAAAGCAGCGAGUAUGAGUUUCCUCAGUAUACAACGCACCACAUUCUCAAAUCUAUGUCCUCUAUAGAAAGCACCAGCUCGUCCCCUUCCUCUGCGGACAGGGUUAGCAUUGCUUUGGAAAGAGCCCAGAAGAAGCUAAUCAGUUCAUCCGAUGCUAGAGCUGGGCGCACCCUGCUAAAAUCGAAGGACCUUCUUUUCAAGCACAGGCAUCGAAUGGCUGACCUCAGCUAUCCCCUCCGGCGCUCCCAGUCCCUCCCCACCACACUACUAAACCCCGUGAGAGUUGUCUCCUCCGUGAAUGUCCAGCUAAAUCCAGGAAAACAGAUUCUGUGCAGCCCGCCUUCAUUUACUUACAAGUACGACACCCCUGAAGAAGAGGGGAGGGGAGGCCACGAAGAAGUGAAAUCCACUGAGGAGGCCCAGGACAGCCCUCCCCCGUGCAAAUCCACACUUUUUAUUGCUCCUUCACCCGUUAGGAAAGGAACGUCUCUGCCCGGAGUGAGCAAGGUGGCGGAUGAGCCCUGCCGGAACAGGAUCCACAGCUGCCCGCUGCACUUCCCGGCACACUUGUCUCAGUCCUCGUGUUCACUCCACUCUCUUCAUUCCGAUUGCCUAGAGAGGCCCCUGUGUGCUCACGCGAGAACAUUCAGUACGCACAGCAUCCCCAGUACCCCCGGGUCCAGCUGCAGCGGCUUGCCUUCCCCUUUUGGCUGCCCUUACUCCCUGAGGAGCCUGGGCCACCCCCACCAGCCGCAGCCGGUGCAUUCCCCAUCCACGGUUGAAAUGCAGCUUAGGAGAGUCUUGCAUGAUAUCCGGAGCUCUUUGCAGAACUUGUCGCAGAAUGCUGUGAUGAGAGGUCACGACGUUACGACACCGUCUUACAAUACUCAGAGAUCAUCCAUUCUACCUCUAUAUGAAAAUACAUUCCAAGAUCUUCAGGUCGUACGGAGAAGCCUCAACCUCUUCAGGACGCAAAUGAUGGACUUAGAAUUGAACAUGCUGCGCCAGCAGACGACCGUUUACCAGCACAUGACUGAAGAGGAGAGGUAUGAAGCUGAUCAGCUGCAGACACUGAGAAAAUCUGUUCGGAUGGAGCUUCAGGAAUUAGAAAUGCAGCUGGAGGAACGUCUACUCACUCUUGAAGAGCAGCUUAGGAAUCUACACGUAUCGUCACCUUACAGGUCACAAACGCUGAUGGGCAUGUAUGGCAGCAGAAGUGCUGAUAAUUUGUCGUGCCCUUCUCCGCUGAAUGUGAUGGAGCCGGUUUCCGAACUCAUUAGAGAACAAUCGUUUCUGAAGUCAGAGUUGGGACUGGGAGAACUUGGAAUGGAGACCACUGUGGGAGAGAGUUCAGAAUCUUUCGAUCACGGAAAUUCAGAUUCUUCGUCAGUGUGUUCUAGUCAAGCCAGCCGGAAAGCUGGCCGGCGUUCAUCCGAGACGACUGUCAAGUCCAAGCUCCAGAGCAAAAAAGUAUAUCGAGCCUGUGUCGCCUUGAUGCCCACUCCGCCGGCAAGACCAGGAGCGGCACAAGCCCCAGAAUGUUCUGAGGAGCCCAUAGCCUCCAAAUCGGAGGCUGGAACAAAACUUGACAAGGGGGUUCUUCCACCUCCUGUCGAGGAAGUUCACAGAAGCACGGAGAACGACGAACUGCAGCAAGUCAUCCGAGAGAUCAAAGAAUCUAUUGUUGGCGAAAUCAGACGGGAAAUUGUGAGUGGCCUGUUAGCAGCGGUCUCUUCCCCGAACAGAGGAAGCACUAAGCCAGAAACACAGCCAUGAGUGGGUACCACAGGUUGGCACGUGUUCCGAGGUCACUGUAGAACGUGUGGAUGGAGUUGUCUGUCUGUACUCUGGAGGACAAAAGAGAAGACUGAGGCAUACACUCUUCACCUGUGUGCUGCAUCGUGUCCCCCUUCGGGUCCGCGUGCCACAGUCGUGAUAGUCCUCAUCUUUACUACUGCCCAGGAAUCAUCACAAGAACUCUGGCUGUCCUCCAAGCCUAAAUAUUUAUUUGUAUGUUUUCCUACUGUCCAUUUGUGCAGGUUUUUUUAUUUCUGUGUAGAGCUGUGUUCUUCAUAAAACUUGAAGGUUUCUGGACCCACCCCGGUUUUGAUUAGCCUAGAACUGUCCAUCUACUUUUAUUUUUUUUAACAAAACCCACUGACCUCUGUGAGGUAUUUAACUGUGCAAUAACUGAUUCACUCUGAGAGCUUGAAACGACAACCAAUAAAAAAUUUCACUGCUGUCAUCUAGUGCCACUUCAGAAACAAAACAAAUAACCUGUUGUAGAAAAAAAAUCGCUGUUCUCUCUGGGGAGAAGCUGCUGUUCACAAUGAGUUUUUGAGAAUGAAAUGAACUUACCUGAAAAGAAAAGCUACUACAGAUUGCUUACACUGAAAAGCCUUAUCUCUGUGCCAUAGAUAACCAUUUAAAUGUGUUGCUUCCUUUCAAUACUCUUUUUCCUCCUUGGGGUUGUGCCUUAUUGUUUAAGAAAUGUUUUAAUAUAUAAAUGGACGACUUCUCAGCUAUACCAGGAGGAGAGGUCUUUCCCUCCUUUUAAAAAUUCUUUAAAACACUAUUUUAAAACAAAGGAGUGGUUGUGUAUAACUUGAAGUGGAUUGAUCACUUUGAACGGGGUAUUACGGGGAACCUGGCUCUUAUUUCCCCUACACUUUCCCUGAGGUUUUACUAGAGCCCAGGGCAAAGUGCCAUUGAUUUGCAAUAGAUGAGAUUGGAGGUUGGCAGGGUUUUAGUACAUGUGUGGUCUUUGUCUACAGGACGCUAGAUAGUUGAAAUAUAACAAUAUUGGAAUGCCGUUGGGAUUCCUUAAGGUUUUUUGUUUGUUUUCAGCUAAUAAAAAUAUUUUAAGAUUGUAUGUGUAUUAAUGACUAGUAAACCUAUAACAGCAAUAUCGUAUGGGGAAAGUAUGUCCAAAGAUUUAUAUGUGUGUUUGGAAUACACCUAAGGGCUGAUAUUCUUUUUAAAGGGGGCUGUUAGACCAAUAAAAUAUUUAU